AUGCCCGACUCUCCCAAAGACGACCAAUCCGUCGCCUCUUCCUCUCCCGAGCUCACCCAAAAGUGUCUUUGGGUUGAUUGCACUCAGGCAUUUCCUGACCCAGAAGCCCUCUAUAAUCAUCUCUGUAACGACCACAUCGGCCGUAAAAGCACCAACAAUCUCUGCCUCACCUGCAAGUGGAAGGACUGUGGCACCUCAUGCGCCAAGCGCGACCAUAUUACCAGUCACCUUCGAGUACAUACUCCUUUAAAGCCCCACGUCUGCGAGAUAUGCAAGAAGUCGUUCAAGCGACCGCAAGAUCUGAAAAAGCAUGAAAAAAUCCACACAGAGGAGCAUCAUGCCCAACACAAGCAUUCCAAGGCUAUCACCGUUGCCGACCCCGCAUAUGUUUCCCGUGUCCGCGGCGACUCUUCUGCGAGGCCGACCAAAUCUGUGCCCUCCAAGUUAUCUUCGAACGGAUCAAGCGGCGCUCCUCGAGCUCAGUCCCGCGGUUCAUCGACUUCCGAUGGGUCCAACUCUAACUUUCCUCCUACUCCUUCUCCAGAUUUUUCGCCUCCUCCGAUGAACCAUUCUCCAACCGAAGAAAACUACCCUUCCAGCUGGGACCCUACGACCGGCUCCAAACGCUCGCAUGAAUACAGCGUUGACGACUUUUUCACCGAUAUGAAAAAGCGACGACUAAGCCCUUCUUACGAUCCACGCAUGGCCGAGCGUCUUGAGAGACUGAACCACGUGUCUUAUGCUCUCCAUAACACACCCUCCGGCUUCAAUCCGCGUUCGGUGUCGCUCGACAUUCGUACACCAGAAGAGCUGGCGGCCGUCAACGAUUUUCUCAUCACCCUUGGCCGCGAUGUCUCCGACAAUCCGCGGUCCCACAGCGGCUCAUCUAGUUUCUCCAAUGGGGAUUCCUUCUUUGACCCAGUCAGUCUUAGUCAACUUGGUCUUGCGAAUAUGCCUGGUGUUUCGAAUGCCGGUCAUGGACCAUAUCCUACCCAUUAUAAUGCCCCUUCUUUUUCUUCGACGCGCUCAUCACAUCCUUCUGUGCAACCUUCUCUUUACGGUUCAGUCUACCCACAUCUCGACGAGCAUCCGAUCGGCUACCACGGCGAAUAUCCGGCUCGUCGCGGCAGUCACAAAUAUGCCCCAUAUCCGCCUCAAUACCAUCCCGGUCACCACCAACCUUCGCCUCCCCACGAUGGCGGUUCGCCCCAUUCGGCAUCCAGCCAUUCUACGCCACCGCAAAUGACACUUCCAACUCCCGAUGUUGUCUCAUUCGACUAUCUUCGUCCUUCGCGUGGUCCCGCUCCCAUUGCUCAGCUUUCUCCCGCCGAAUUCAUGUCCAAAAAGCGUCAGCAAAUGAUACCGUUGGGAAGCGCAGGUCCGGCAGAGCCUAUGGAGCCCAAAUUGGCCACCACUCCCUAUCGCGGUCCGCCCGCGAAACUCACACCGACUCCAACACUCGCAUCGGCCGAGUCGCUGUCCAACAGUGGAUCCUUAUAUCCGUUGCUUACCAAAGGCGACGCGAAAUACGACUUGGCCCCUCUCAAAUACCGCUCAAGCUCGCCGACUUCUCGAUCCACAACCCCGUCAACAGCUUCAGGCCCUGGCUCUCCUGCGCCAAAAGCUGCCGAAGUCACCGUUCUGCCUUCUCUUCGAAGUAUUACUGCGGCUUCUACCGCUUCUACGCCGGAGGAGGACGAUUCAGAGGUUGCCCAGGAGAUGGAGCGAAUUCAAAUCAGCGAGGACGAGCGACGGAAACAUGCUCAACUUAUUCGUGACUUGCUGGUGGCUAUCAAUGCUGAAUUUCGUCGAACGUAUGGGUCAACACCGUCCUCACCAGACCCUGGACCCGCUGCCAUCGUUCGUGAAGAAACACUGCGCGAUGUGGAGAUGACGGCCGCAUAA